AUGACAGAGCAGCAAGUCUCUUCUAACAGAAAGCAAAUCAGACAGCCACCUUCAGUUCCAUUUCUAUGGGAAGAAAAACCAGGAAUACCUAAGAAAGAUUGGAAACCUGAGGUAACUGCAGUUAACCCUGCUCCACCUCCACCUCCACCUCCACCUCCACCUCCACCACCACCACCUCCACCACCACCACCACCUCCACCACCACCUCCACCGCCGCCACCAGUCAAGCUCAUUGCCUCCAUUCCUUUCACUUGGGAGGAGAAGCCUGGAAAACCACUUCCCUUUUUCUCAGGGACACCACAUGAUGAUUCAUUGCUUCUGUUCCCUCCCAAAAAGCUUGUGUGCUGCUCUUCAUUAUCUGAUGCCGAUUCAAAGGACUAUGAAGAUGAUGGUGAUGAUGAACAUGAUGGGAUAUUUGAAUCGGAUUUCGAGGCAUUUGGUUUUGAAACUGAUGACUCCUUUAGUUCAGCCCCCUCCCUCUUAGCAAAUAGGCUCAUGUCAACAGUGGCUAUUUCUACUGCAGUUCCAGUGCAGAAAACUUCCUUGAAUGAAGAUAGCAAUGACCAGCCAGAAAGCCCUUCCUCGCCAGCUUCUGAAACGAACAGCAGUACAAGCACCUAUGCAACUGGAACAACAAGCCUCGUCGGUUCCUCCUUUUUAGAUUGUCUCUUUCCAUUGUUUCCACCAAAUUCCGGUUUUCUUGCAAAGGUUGGGUGCCCUGAGGGCUCUCCCCCUCCACCUGAACUGCAGAAUAAGGGAUUGGACCGUGAAACCAAUUCCAGUGUCAUAGUAAGAAGGGCACCCACACUUGGAGAACUGAUAAUGAAGAGCCGGAGAAGAAGUUAUCGGCGGAAAGCAGUUCAAAUGAGAAAGCACAAUCUCUCAGUGGUAAUUUGCCAGCUCUCAUUUCUUUUAAUGACAUUUAUUACCUACAACUACAUUAUGUCUCUUUAUUCUACAAAAGGAACUGAGAAGUACAUUCAAUCAACAGCUAAAACAUCUCCAAAUCAAGAAAGCAUAAAUUAGACAUUUCUAUUCAACUCCUAUGGCUCUAAGAUAAAAAAAUAAUAAUAAUAAUCACACACCUAAGUAUUUGCUAUUUUGCACCAGAAACUUAGAAACAACUUUUACUCUUGCCUGAUUGCAAUGAUGGCAGGGAUUCACAAAGAAGAGAGCUUUCGGAUGCUGGAUCUUUGGAACUGGUGGCAGCAGGAUUGGAGGAUUGCUUGGCAAAAAGAGACAACCGAGACUCAAACUGGUGUAGACAAAACACCCCUUCUACCAUCAAGCCACUCUUUUCACUCAUUUCAAUGUAUGACCUCUGGGACAUGAGGAUGUAAAGAAUUUACAAGUCUGUCAAUGCAACUGAAUUUCAAAAUAUGCAACUUCAAGACAACUAUGCUUGAAUUUUUUCACUUUUGAACCUCAAGUCAGAAGCUGUGCAUAUCAAUCUGCAAUUCCAAAACCAUUGAAAUUUUGAUCUCUUACAGACGAAUCACUAGAUGAAGGAGCUUAGUUUGAGUUCAAGUUUCAAGUUUCAACAACUCUCUGAAUCCGUUUGAUAACCACAGGAAUAUCUUCCUCAGCUAACAUAGUAAAACAACACCUGAACCAUCCUGGUUCUAUGCAAUGGCAGGCUGACCCAGGAGUUACAUUGAUCUUACCAAUCUUCAACAGCUUAUCCCAUAACUCAAGCUCUCCUUUCUCAUUGUAAGGGCGAAUUAAUCCACUCAUAUCAGCCCAACAGUAUAAACCAGCACUGCUCUUGGUGCACUCAAUUCCCAAUUGUUUCAAACCAGCUGCAAAAGCAACAUACAUUUUCUGUAUCCUCUCUCUAGUGGUCUCAAUAUAUCUUUGGAUGAAUCUUGUAUCUGAAAGCAUUGAAAUUAGUAUCCGCUGUGUUGGAGCUGAAACACUAGAAAAUCUUGCUAACUUUUUAGCAGCAGCCAAAACACUGGUGUUGAAGGAAUAGAUAACCCCGACUCUAAAACCCGGAAGAGAAAGGUCUUUGGACAGCCCAUAUAUUAUAUGAACCCUGUCCU